AUAACAUCGAUUUGAGGAAUAUGAUAACAGUGCGGUAGUUCACAGGUAUGGAGUUGUGAUCGACUAACAUAUGACAUAAUACGAAACCGUCAGUGUUAUCUUCUUCAGAAUAUAUAAGCAACGUGUAUUUCGUAUUGGAAACAGUCUGUUAAGCACACGAUAGCUGUAACUGGUAAUUUCACAUGAUACUUCAUGCAUGGAUUAAAUUUGCCACAAAGUUUAAAACUUCACCUGUAGUAUUACAAGCUGAGCCACUUAAAGAACUAAAGCCGUUCACCUGGAAUUACCCUGAGUUGUGUUUGCACUUGAGGAGCUGUCAACCGAACUUAACAGAGAAAGAUGCGAUUCGGAUCAAUGGAGAACAUAAAUAAAUAUACCAAGUUUGUUUUGGGCACCAUAAAAUGGGAUGCGAAAAUAAGGGUUUAAAUUUAAGAUAAAGCUGAGGGGAAUAACUCCAAUGUACUUGUUCUAUCCCAUUGAAAAGAGUAGUACACUUUUGUUAAAGGAAACAUGGGAGACCUUUGUGACGGAAUAGUUAGUGUGCUAAUGCAGCACAAACAUCCGAAGCCUCUAACCAAUGAGGUCGCUGUAAGUUCAAGUCCAGCUCAUGCUGGCUUGCUCUUCGGUCGCACGUGGGAAUUUCUGCCAGCGUGUUUCCCCCGGUUUCCUCCCGCCCUACCUGCUGUCCGCCAUCGUAUAAGUUAAAUAUUCUUCAAUACAACGUAAAAUACCAAUACAAACAGUGAAUAAAUAUAUAGAGGGAACAUACAUUGAAUCAAAUUUUGAGUAUAUAUCGUGCUGAGCCUGCCAAUUUGACUGAAUUAAUAAUCCAUAUGAAUAAUAAUCCAUUACAAGACAACUCUGGCAUGUCAAUAUGACUUAUGGUGGCCUGGCUAACUCAGAUAAUGAAAGUAGAUCCCCAUCUCUGGGCCUUACAAACUACAGAUGGAUAGUCUCAUGUCCCAUGAAUUCAGUCUGCUUGUUUUAAACAUUGAACACGGAAAGAAAACAGGCCAGAAUUUAGUCACCAAACAUGAGAAAAUCUACUCCGCUACGAUCGAGCCACCUCUGACCUUGUGAGGUCUCAGCAGUACAUUCACUGCUGAUAUCUGGGGUCUCUCUAUUUGUACAACACAAAGAGCAGGAAAUAAUCGCCAUACUUUUACAGAUAAAUAUUACAUUUUUCCAUGUUCGGGUGUGGCUUCCGUCUGCAGUAACACAACGUAGGCUACUGUAUAGUUACAUACAUGGCCUUAUUAUGCCACAGAUUUACAAAAUAUUGACAAGAUCUCGUCAAAAACGCCCUUUGAUUACAGAGCACACGAUUGUAGUUGUACGAGGCUUUCCAAUUCAGCCAUAUCUUCUGAAAGAAAAUGCCGAAGGACGAGCCCGUACAAUAUUCCCUCAAAAUUCCAAAUGAAAAGGAUGUCUGGAUUUUCACUCUCUGAAUGCAGAAUGUGUUUAGCUACAUCUUUAUUUGAAACAGCAGCCUGUGACACGAACUGAAGGAUGUCGCCAUUAACCCCCUGUAACGGUAACUAAGACACAUUUUAAUUUGGCAUUUCUAUGAGUCACCAAUCGUUGUUUCCAUGCAGUAAAAUUCAUGCCUUAUUUAUUUUUGCCGAUGAUUAAACACAAACGAUUUACUUGGUUGUUAAUUUUAUCGGCGUUGACAGACUGUUGCUGAAAGUGCAACUCACAAUGGGUUGGCCGGACUGCAUGGAUCUUCGUGUCUAAGCCGGCACCGCUCAAUUUGGCUAUAAAAAAUGUAUAGCCUGUUAACUGCGACACCGUGACAAAUUCACCCCAGAUACUACCAUAAUUCGGUGGAUAUCCAAUUGAUAUCACACAAACCAGUCGGGAGCGCAUUUGUGUCAUCUACGUGACCCAAUUGUGAGCAAAAUUCGGUCAUCAUAUCGCGUAGUCGAAAAUUUAAUGUGAAAAUAAUGUCGUUGGAGUUCUUUUAAAGCACUGACUGGCUGUGACUAUGUUGACCAAUAUGUGGUCGGGCGUUCGAAUCCAGAUUUCAUUGUUUUGGUCUGUUAGUCCUUCCAAAAACCUGAUCUCAUCCCAUAGACAUAUGGUAAGAAGUACUUAUUUCUCAGUAGAUACCAGAAAGACAAGAGAAUAUUAUGAUUAGCACAGCCCUAAUUUUCGUUUGAGAAAAAAAAACAUGACAAUGGCAGAUUUCAGUAAGAACCUUGUAUGAAGCAGAAACAUUACAAAAACUGUGACGGACAGCUACACCAAUAAAGGCAGGGAAAGAACUGACGUUUUUUUUUUUAAACGGUAAGUCCUUACUUUUUCUCCGUGAUGUUUCUCCAAACAGGAUCAUGGAAUAGAUACAGUGGCCCGCCCAGUUUUGUUAGUUCUCACAUCGACUGUACAGGCAUAGUACUGUAUUUGGCGUAAUUCAAGUAAAUCUUCCAGUUAUAGUUUUGUCCAGAAUUCAUCAUCAUAGGCUGAUAUCGUACAGGUCAAGUAUUUCUUGUGUUUGGAUAAUAUUACCAUGAUCGACGUUUCGUGUAUUAAUGUAAAUCGCGAUUAAUAUAAUCAAGGAGGCAUGCACGGCCUGACAUCACCCGGCCAUGUCUCCGCUGUCGACAAGAUAGACAGACAGUCCAACUUUAAUGGAUUUUUUUAAAAAAUGGAACUAGUUAACUUAAUAGUUUUAAUUGGAGUUUACAGACUUUGUGUUGUGUGUUUACGGAAAAUUAAGUGUAAAAAUAAAGUCGUUGGGGCUCUUUAAGGCGCCGACUGGCAGUGACUAUCUUGAGCUAUAAGGGGUCGCGUGUUCGAGAUCUGUUUUCGCUGCUUUGGUCCCUUUAGUUUACCACGAUCGACGUUUCUUGUAUAGAUGUGAUUAGCAAUUUUUCUCACGCCAGGAUUUUUUGUCGAGUGCACAUAUCCUACAGACUGUACAGCAAUACAGCAAUGCAACCACACAAAGAGCGGCGUGUACCAAGUGUUUCCGUUCGGAGUGGGAAAAGGCUUCCUUGUGUACUGUGACAUGGUGACGCAGGGCGGUGGGUGGCUGGUGUUCCAAAGACGACAAGACGGCUCUGUUGACUUCUAUCGUAACUGGCAAAAUUACACUGACGGCUUUGGUAACCUCUACGGGGAGUUCUGGUUGGGCCUGCAAAAGAUUCACCUCCUGACGUCUCAGGCGCACUUUGAACUCCUCGUGGAUAUGAGAAGCUACACCCUGGGAACGGGUUACGCUUCCUACAGCAGAUUCCGUGUGGCAGACGAGUCUCACAACUUCCGGCUCUUACUGGGCACAUUCAAGGGGAAUGCCGGUGACUCCAUGGCUUACCACAACGGCUUGGAGUUUUCCACAUAUGACCGAGAUAACGACUAUUACAACCUGAACUGUGCAGUGAGAUAUGAUGGGGCAUGGUGGUACAAUAGUUGCCAUCACAGUAAUCUGAAUGGGCUGUAUGUUCAUGUGCAAGAGAAGUCCACCCCAAAUACUUCAUCAGUCACGUGGCACCGUUGGUCGUCUAAAUAUCUCCCUCUUCAGUUCAGCGAGAUGAAGAUACGCCCGGUCAACAUCGAUUAAAUAGACGAUGCUCGUGAUUGUUUGUAAGUUAUGGGCGAAGACAGGUCAAUAAUUCGUAGUAGUUGUUCCUUUUUAACUUUCACUUGAUCUGUCCUCUUUGUUUUUCUCUUCCUGUUGUUGACCUUUUCAAAUGAUUCAAAAACAAAAAAUGUCUAAUAACUGAA